CUUGGCUUGGUGGGGCUAUAUGGCAGAAUUCCUCUCCGCCAAAAAUUCCGGAACGGUGCCUCGCAGAUCGCAUCGCGGAUAGCUCUCGUUUAAUGACAAAGACAACAUGGCAGCCGGCAGCGGAAAAGGGACCAUUGCGCACCGCAACAAGGCAGUGCCCAAGAAGGCCGAGUCGAAGUCGCUGAAGAGGAAACGGGAACAGGAGGACUUGGGCAAGCUCCGAGAAGCAGUCGAGCAGCUUGACCCAAAGUCUCCAGACAUCAAGAAGUUCACCGACCUCCCGCUUUGUGACGCCACCGCGUCCGGCCUGCGCGCAUCCCACUUCGAGGUCUUGACCGAUGUCCAACGAGCCGCGAUCCCCCUAGCUCUCAAGGGCAACGACGUCCUCGGCGCCGCCAAGACUGGCAGCGGCAAGACGCUUGCCUUCCUCGUCCCAGUCCUCGAGAAGCUCUACCAUGCGCGAUGGACCGAGUACGACGGGCUCGGCGCCCUCAUCAUCAGCCCGACCCGCGAGCUGGCCGUCCAGAUCUUUGAGGUCCUGCGCAAGAUUGGGCGGAACCACUACUUUUCAGCUGGCUUGGUGAUUGGUGGCAAGAGUCUGAAGGAGGAGGCCGAGCGGUUAGGGCGCAUGAACAUCCUGGUGUGCACACCUGGCCGGAUGCUGCAGCACCUGGACCAAACAGCCGGGUUCGAUGUGAACAACCUUCAGAUCCUGGUACUGGACGAGGCCGAUCGGAUCAUGGACAUGGGCUUCCAGUCGGCUGUGGAUGCGCUGGUUGAGCAUCUGCCGAAGACCAGACAGACGCUUCUGUUCUCCGCCACGCAGAGCAAGAGGGUUUCGGAUCUGGCGCGGCUCAGUCUGAAGGACCCCGAGUAUGUGUCGGUGCACGAGGCCGCAGCAUCCGCGACACCGGCAACUUUGCAGCAGUCCUACAUCGUGACACCGCUUGCCGAGAAGCUCGACACGCUGUGGGGUUUCCUGCGAACAAAUCUCAAGAGCAAGAUCAUCGUGUUUCUCUCGUCAGGAAAGCAGGUGAGGUUUGUUUAUGAGAGCUUCAGGCGUAUGCAGCCGGGUAUUCCUCUGCUGCAUCUCCACGGCCGGCAGAAGCAGGUCGCGCGGAUGGAGAUCACAUCGCGGUUUGCGUCGGCAAAGUACGCCUGCCUCUUCGCUACCGAUGUUGUGGCGAGAGGUGUCGACUUCCCUGCCGUCGACUGGGUCAUCCAGGUCGACUGUCCUGAGGACGCAGAGACAUACAUCCACCGUGUGGGACGGACAGCUCGAUACGAGAGCAAGGGCCGAGCCGUUCUCUUCCUAGAGCCUAGCGAGGAGGAGGGUUUCCUGAAGCGACUCGAACACAAGAAGGUGCCGAUCAAGAAGGUCAACGUCCGGGAAAAUAAAAAGAAGAGCAUCAAGAACGAGCUCCAAAGCCAGUGCUUCCAGUCUCCCGAUUUGAAAUAUCUCGGCCAAAAGGCCUUCAUCUCCUACACCCGCUCCAUCUACCUCCAAAAAGACAAGGAAGUCUUCAAGUUCGACGAGGUCGACCUCGACGGCUUUGCCGCGUCCCUCGGUCUCCCCGGGACGCCGCAGAUCAAGUAUCAAAAGGGCGAAGACAUCAAGCGCCUCAAGAACGCCCCUCGCGCCGCCAUGCUCAGCGACUCGGACACCGACUCCGACGGCGAAGGGGCCAAGGUCAAGAAGGAUCAAGUCCGCACCAAAUACCAGAAGAUGGCGGAGCGCCAAAACCAGGACGUGCUCUCCGCCCACUACCGCAAGCUCGUCGGCGAAGAAGGCAACGAAUCCGGCGCCAACGACGACGACGACGACGAGGAAGCCGACUUCCUUUCCGUCAAGCGCGUCCUCGACGGCGACGCGCAGCUGGACGCCGCCGCAGGCGGUGACCGGGCCACCACUGAACAACAACAACCCAAGGUCGUCAAUCUCGGCAAGUCAGAGUUGGUCAUCGACUCGCACCGCCGCGAGAAACUGCUCAAAUCCAAGAAGAAGCUCGCCAAAUACAUGGAGAAGGGCAGCAAGUUGGUCUUCGACGACGACGGCAACGCCCACCCCAUCUACGAGCUGCAGGGCGAGGAGGACUUUGAGCGCGAGGGCCCCGCCGAGCAGCUCCGCCGCGAGUUUGUCGAGGCCGAGAUGCAGCGCGUCCAGGAGGCCGAUGUCACGGAUAAGCAGCUUGCCAAGCAGCGGCGCAAGGAGAAGAGGGAGCGACAGAAGGCGCGGGAGCGCGGGGAGGAAGUUAGAGGGGGAAGCGGGGAAGCUGUCUUGCCCCAGCUUGCCACUGGGGAGGAAGAUGGAGAGGGAGAGGAUCCGCUUGCGCUUUUGCGGUCGUUGCCUGUUGCUGGCGAGCACGGGGAUGAUGAUGGUUCCUCUGGUGGUGAGACUGGUGGAGAGGAGGGCGUGGAGCACGAAAGGCCGAGGAAGAAGGCUAGGAAGUGGUUCCAGGAUGACUCAGACGAAGAGAGACGGGAGAGGAAGAAGAAGAAGGGUGGGAAGAAGGUUAUUGAGAUGGAUCAUGAGCCGGAUAAUCUGCAGGAUUUGGAGGCGCUGGCUGCUGGGUUGUUGGAGGAUUGAGGUGUUUGGAGUGCCAGUGUCCGUUAUUGUGUCAGUACAUGGGUCAAUUGAUACCUCUGGUUCUUGGUCUUCAAAGCAAAACCCAACGACGAGCCUGGACCAUUUGAACUAAAUC